AUGCGCAGUGCGGCCGGAUCAGAGUCGGGUGCAGUUCCACCAGAGGAGGAAGCGGAGUUUCCGCCUGCCGAAACCCCGAGAAAAACGACACCGGCUCGGGGGGGAAAUAGUUUCAAGCUUCGGUAGUUUUAUUCCAGUAAUAGAGGUGGAUCAGGGGGAGGUGUUAUUUUUAAGGAACAAGGGAGCACAGACCGUGCACAGAAGCGACACAAGGCGGGGGGAAGCCACUAUCCACCGGCAUGGCCAGGGACUACGAUUACCUCUUCAAGCUGCUCAUCAUCGGUGACAGCGGAGUGGGGAAGAGCAGUCUCCUGCUUCGAUUUGCAGAUAACACAUUUUCAGGUAGCUAUAUCACCACAAUCGGUGUGGACUUCAAGAUCCGGACGGUGGAGAUCAACGGGGAGAAGGUGAAGUUACAGAUCUGGGAUACAGCAGGACAGGAGCGCUUUCGCACCAUCACAUCCACGUACUACAGAGGCACACAUGGGGUCAUAGUCGUGUAUGACGUCACGAGUGCAGAAUCCUUUGUCAACGUCAAACGAUGGUUACAUGAAAUCAACCAGAACUGUGACGACGUGUGCCGAAUAUUAGUGGGAAACAAAAACGAUGAUCCCAACUCCAAGGUGGUCGAGACAACGGAUGCACAGAAGUUUGCUGAACAAAUGGGCAUCAACCUGUUUGAGACGAGUGCAAAAGAGAACAUUAACGUAGAAGAGAUGUUCAACUGCAUCACAGAGCUGGUGCUCCGAGCCAAGAAGGAGGUGCUGGCCAAGCAGCAGCAGCAGCAACAGAACGACGUGGUCAAACUCACUCGGAACAGUAAACGGAAGAAAAAGUGCUGCUAGCAAAGCCCAAGCCAUCUCCAAACGGGCCGGCAGCAUCAUUUCUUCAUGCUCGCAUACUCACAGGAUGGGACUCAGAACGUCUAAAUUAAAGAGCAGAUUUAAUAAAAUAUACGCUAAAGAUAAAAAAAACAUGGAAAAUAAUUGUCCCCUUUGGACAAAGUAAUCAUGAAGAAAUAUAUGUACAGAUUUUAUUAUUAAACGUCCGAUCAAGUCUUAUUUGGAAUUUAGCAGACGGGCUGGAAACCUCGGAACAGAGGUGCUCCUUUCUUAAAGAAUCUGCAUACUGACAAGUGACUGACGUAAUGCUUCAAUAUACAUCCACCUAACUCCAAUAUUCUCAUACAUCAGUGUCUCAUCCUUCCUCCUCACUGUACGGGACAUUUAGCGCUCGAGGAGAAUGGUUUUCUUUCUUUCUUUCUAGUCGGAUUCUUUUGGGGAAAGGAGGGUGGAUUGGGAGAUGGGGAGAAGGUUGUCUGGUGGUCAGACACUGCUUUACCACAGCUCACGCCAAGAAAUCAUUCAAUAGUAGGAUUUGUUGUUUUUUUGAUGGUGGGAUGAUGAUUGGUAGUUGACUUUAGCAACUAAUCCACUGGACACGGCCGGUGACUUUGCAUCUUUUGUAUUUCUUGCCUCUGUUUUGCCAAGCUUCAUACUUCCCCCCCUUAACCCUCAGUUGUGCUGAGCCAACCUGUUUGAUUUUACUUUGUUUUUUUAAGUGAGGCUCUGACAGCACUGUUUAUUGCAGACUUACUAUACUUUCAAAUUUACCUUUUAAUUCCUCUCCAUCUUUUUUUGUAACUGUGAUACUGCCAAUGUUAUCAAAAAAAUAAGACUUCAGUGGUGCGCCUCGUUGGACUGUUGCCAUAGUGACCACUGAGUGAUGCGGGCCCUGUGGCUGACCACCCUGCCAGCGCCUCCCGCCGGUCCUUCAGUGGCCUAACUUGCCAUCAGCGCGAGGAAAAUGCUUGCUUCGCAAAACCCGGUUGCCAAGGCGACUGCCCGCAUCUUCUUCCAGAUCCCAGCAUGUAACAUUUGACAGGGCAAUGGUGAUCUGUGACAACAUGCAUCCAUGCUUCUCUUGUGUUUCCUCAGCUUGAAGAGUAUUCUUUAACAGACUAAAACCAAGGUUUGUUGGUCGCCAUGUUGCCCUGCAUGUUACCUUUUCCACCAAAGUGGUGCCCGAUAAAGAGGGUGAGGCGUUUGGGAGAAUCAGCCAUGACUUACAAGUUAGGUUCUACAUUCUGUAAGACUCCCAGGGCGGGCAAAAUGGUAUCAAAUCCCACACGCUAUCAUUACUACUCAUUGAGUGUGUGUCUAUGCGUGUGUGUGUAUGUGUGUAUAUAUAUAUAUAUAUAUAUAUAUAUACACACACACUGUACACAUAUGUAUACAGCUGUGGUUUGCUGUACACUGGAGAAAAAAAACGAUAAAAGAUGUACUAUUCAUUUUCCGCCCUACAUGAGUUUAAUCAGUAAUAACGUUUUAAAGGAAUAAAUACGGAAUAAAUAUUUGACACAUAAUGACUGAUCUCAUUUGUCAGUGACUUGUGGCCUGACUGUUUUCAACCUGUGUCUAUUUUUGGAUUCCUGUGAAUAAUAAAAAAAAAAUGUGUGGGAAAAUGUGUAUUUCUUUU